GUGAAUGGUUUAGAAAAAAAAAAAAGAAAUAUUAACAUCAGUAAACAAGGAAUACAUACAAAUGCGGCAUGUAAAUAUGGACAGAGGAUUUAAAUUUGCAAAUAAAUUUAGGGGGCAUUUCCUGUUCCUUUUACUUUUCGCAAUUACAGUCCAUCGAUCUGUUGCGUUCGGUUUCGAUUCAGCAAAUUCAUGCAGUCCAAAUAAAAUGUCACGACGUGGGAGAGCUCAACUGGUUGCUACAAUACCAUGUGAUCUUUCCCGUCAAGCUUACUGCCAUUUACCAGGAGCGGCAUAUCCAUGGCAUGCUGUGAGGCGAUUUGUUCAUGAGAAUCAGGGUUUAAUGAAGAGAAUGUAUGGGGAUGUAAAACACAUUUCCAUAUUGAGAACUGAAAUACAAAAUAAUGAUAUCGAUGUUGAAGAUCUGGAACAAACAGCAGCAAGAUAUUCUAGAGAUGGAUUUCGAAAAACAAAAGUUAUGCACAAUCAAUUUGAAAGUAAUCGAAAUAAUGAUGUUGUUAAAGAGCCACAUUUUAGGCCAGUUUUAUCGACUACAAUAAAGCCAAGUAGUACAACUAGUAGUAGUAGUAGCAGUACAACUACCACUGAUACUCCAAUUACAACCGAUGAAGCAACUCCUUUACCAACAGAACCAGGAACAACUCCCAAUGAUAUGGAUCUGACAACCACCACACAAAAGCUAACAACUCUAAAGAGCAAUUCAACAACUGAAGGCUCCAAAAGAUCAACAUCCAAGUUAGAUGAUGUUGAAUUCGAUGAAUCAGAUGAAGAACUAAGUGAUGAAGAUGAUACCAAUCAUGAAGAAAGUCUAGAAUCAAAUAGCGUCUAUGAACCGACUUCACCAAGUUCAGCUUCUGUAGGGGACAACAUAAAAAUUGUUGAUUCUCCAAAUCUGGUUGUAAGCAAUGCUUCAGCAACACUUUCCACAACCCUAAAAGUAGCUCCUGUUACUAUUAAAAAUGAACCAACUGCACCAACAACAGCACUCUACCGUUCAACCGAAGCAGAGCGUAUGACUGAAACCAUUAGCCUUAUAGCAAACUUAACCAAGCUUAGAGUUAAUGGGUUUGCAGCUACAACUCCGCUAAAAGCUACUGCUGUAAGCAGUAGUCCAAAUAGCACCAUUAACAGUGUACACAAUCUCUACAACAAUGCACCAACAGAACCAACCAACUUAAAACUCACAGAAACAAAGAAGCCAACUAUUGCAGUACCAGUUGCAUCAAAGCCAGUCCUUCGAGAUGGUCAACUAUUUCAGGACACAUUUCAAAAGGAACCUGUUCAAGUUGGUAAUUUAAAAGGAAUAAAUGCAUGUCCUGUAAAAGAGGAAGUCGUUGCACCAUUUUGGGCAAAUAAUACUAGAGGAGAAGUUUUAGCCCUUUUGAAUCUGUAUCCUUUCGAACAGUAUGUUCAUUGGGAGAAAUGCACCCACGAACUACGACAAAUGUACUGUCGCGAUGGAUGCCGCUGUGAGCAACAAUAUCGACUUCAUCGACUACUUGCCUACGAUCCACACAAUGAAUGUCGUGGAAUAUUUUCCGAUUGGUUUCGAUUUCCAUCGUGUUGUAUUUGUAAAUGUUAUGAUAUUCCAUCGGAAUUUCGAGCUACAUCGAGGAGUCCCCGAUCUGAAGCAGAUAAUCGACAUCCAGCUGAGAUAGCUGAAGCUGAAGUUAGAAAGGCAGUUUAUGAACAUGCUUCCGAGGAUUGGUAUAGACCUCGUGAGGAUCUUGAUUUGUAUGAUUAGAGUGUUUUUGUGAUUGAGUUUAGUUUAUUUUUUUUUUUAAUAUGUAGGUAAUUGUUUUAUUUAAGAUUAAUUGUAUUUUUUAAAUAAUUUUAUAUCCUAGUCGAAUGAUGAAGAAACACAAAAUUUAUUUGUGUAUAAAUUUGUAUAUAAUUAUAUCAAUCGAAUUGAGCGAAAGUACCUUGAACAAAAAAUACUGAUCUUUCCAACCAAAGUGAAACAGGAUGAAAAUAUUUUAUGUAAUAUGCAAUUCCUGGAGAUUUCGGUUGGAAUAAUGGUUUUCUAAAUAUUUAAGUAGCACUUUUUUAUUGUAUUUAAUAUAAUUUUGUACAUUUUAUAGAAAAAAAUAAUACAGAUUCUAU